AUGCAGAACAUUGUGCAAAAGGUUCUGGAGCAAACCAAUUUGCAUAGCGGCUCGACAAUUGAUUACCCCUUCAUCGAGAAAGCACGACAGACAAAUAUGACCGUCCGAGAGUAUGGCUUCAUUGAAGAGGUGAUCGAUGGAUGCUGUCAGACAUUGGAAAAAGUGGCCGCGCUGGGAACAGCGGGUUCCUUACACUACUCACCCAUGAGGCUCCUGUUUCGCACAAUCAGCUCUUCUAUAUUCUUGAUGAAAGCUUUGGCAUUGGGAGUUCGCAAUAGCAAGCUGCAAGAGGCUUUGCAAAUACUCGAUCGAGCUAUUAGCGCUCUCCAGGACGAUAACCAGGACGAUGUCCAUUUGAAGGCCCAGUACGCUACCUUACUCAAGAUUCAGGCCUCAAAACUCCGGAGAAGUCUGGUUUCCUCGCAUCAGACUGCCUCUCUCCAGAAACCCCAUUCGAGUGAUCAUACAAUACAGCUGCCCGAAACAACGCCGCUACAUGCGCAGCUUGUUCAUCAACAAAGCACGGACAACGAAGUAAGCUCAGACACUUUCUCCAAUUUUGAUUUCAACGAUUGGCUAUCAUUACCUUUUGAUCCGUCUAUGGCGCCUUUUGGCCCUCACGAGGGAGAUUUUGGGGUUCGCAUGGAUGGUGUUGAUUUGGACCUUGAUUUUCUAUGGCAACUACCUCCAUGA